GCUGUGGCCUUUGUGUGCGCCAUUCUUCAGAUUCAAACGCAGUUCUGUUUUCUGCAGCACUGACUCUUUUGUGCAGUCAGAUCACUGUUUGGAGCAGCUUUGAUGCAGUCGGAGGUGUUUGCAGACGGGACGGAGGUUGGACAUUACCUCACUCUGAAGGCUUUCUGGAGGGGGGGCAGAAACGAGCGGGUAAUUAGCUGAUUAGAGGCCGGUCAGAGCAGCUCAGCCGUCAGCCAAUCCGAGCGCGCACCUGCCUUCUGUGGAGUUGGUGGGAUGGCUGAUGGAGAGAUACCUCUGUGGUUUGUGAAGGACGGCGCGCAGAGUGACACGUGAAGGUGUAACUUCUAAUGGAGGAGCGCGAGCGCAGGUGCCACUAACCCACACUGCUUUCUAGGAAGACUGCUGGAGGCAGAUGCGUUUUGGAGCGCCGCUUUUUUGCAGAGGCUGCGCGCUGACGCACGGCACAGGUGCGUUCCCCAAACCUGUGCGCUUUUCUCUGUGCUCCAACCCGCCAUGGAAAAGUCCAAAAACUUCAGGAUUGACGCGCUGCUGGCCGACGAGGUCACGCGCGUCAGCCAGGACUUGAACACCGACAGUCCGGUGGAAAGCCCGGUGUCCUGCCGGCGCGCGGGCACGCCUUCCCCGAGGGCCGCUCAGCUCCAGACAGGGAUCAUUCCCAAAGCGAGCGUCCUGGGUCUCCCUCAUCCGGGAAUCGCUGCCAUGUCCCAAAGUGCGAUUCCCGGCAUCUACCACGCACCCAUCUAUCCAUUGUCGGCCUUGGGCGGGCAGCACCCCGCGCUGGCGUACACGGGUUUCACGCAGCUCACGCAGACCUACCCGGAGCACCUGAAGGCGGCUGCCAUGGCUGCGCCUCUGCCCCUGGAGCACUGGAUCCGAGCCGGGAUCAUGAUGCCGCGGAUGCCGGACUACAGCUGCCCUCAGUCUGGCCUACUGGGGAAAUGCCGGAGGCCCCGCACCGCCUUCACCAGCCAGCAGCUCCUGGAGCUGGAGAACCAGUUCAAGCUAAACAAAUACCUGUCCAGACCCAAGCGCUUCGAAGUGGCCACCUCCCUGAUGCUGACUGAGACACAGGUUAAGAUCUGGUUCCAGAACCGGAGGAUGAAGUGGAAGCGCAGCAGAAAGGCGAAGGAGCAGGCCGCUGCGUCCAACCAGGUGGAGUCGGAGCGGUUGCGUAGUGGAGAAAAGACUUUCAGCAGUAAAUCUGAGGAAAGAGGACGAGCUCUUCACUCUAAGGACAGGGGGAUGGACCUCAGCUAUGAGGAGAGAGAGGAGGAGGUCGAAGAGGAGGACGUGGGGGACGAAGAGGAAGAAGAUGAAGAAGAGGAGAGCCAUCACGCGUACCCUGUUGCUUUGGGUACCCGAGGUGCGAUUCCUCGAUCCACAGACUUCUUGCAGAGCAGCAACAGCUACGGUCCUCACAGCCCAUUCUCUGAGGACGAGCUGGAAGGAGUGCAGGUGGGAGGAGGAGACAGGAAGAUCGGAGCAGGACUGUGAGGAGACUCCAGAUCGUCCUCGGGAAUCUCCUGAGUGUUACACAGAGGUUUCUUUGAAAAAUGUGUUAAGCUACUUGAAAAAAACAUACUCCAAAAACCUUUUCAGUUUCCACCCAGGAACAAUUUGUGGGACCUUUUGUGAAAACACUUUUAGAACACACAGAACGAUGAGGAUGUACCGUUUCAUCAAACAGAGUACUGUACAUUUUGUAGCAUGCAUUAAAACUAUUAUAAUGAGAGCACCACCACGGUCCUGAUGUGGCUCAUCUCAUUUUCAUAUUUGCACAUCCUCUACUCACAUUUACAUAAACAAGAAAAACACAUAAAAAAAAUAUUGAAAUAUUGUUCUGGAACCUGCAGACUCUUCCUGCCUUUCUUCUGCUGAGGUGAGUUUUCACUCGAGGAGACGGGGAAAAGAGACAAAACAGUUGCGGAUGCAUUCUCUAGUAAAAGGUGGCAUUGAAGCAGCUUCAAUAAGAACAUUUUGAGCUGA